GUGUUGUCAGAUUUGGAUUCAGAUCAAAAUAUUCAAGUUUUACCUUAUUAUAUAUAUUGUUUCCUGUUGAUACUGCUUCAACAGGAUCUUUUUGUUUUUCAUCGGACAUUGAAGCCUUGUUGCCUUAGAUUUCUCACUCGGAUAUAACACUGCGACGUUCGCUUUAUCUCCGCCAUGUCGGACCAACAAUAUCCUGACGCUGCGAGCUCACCACCAGCGCGCGACGGUGCUGUGAACGCGGAAAAUUCAAACAACAAUGCUCUCUCUACGGACUCGAAUCUGAAAACGAAAGAAUCUACCCCCGACGCAGGCAGCACGCACUCGAAAUCAUCUGGAGCUUCGUCGACGACCAAGAACUCGGCGGACGAGCAUGAGUGGAUUCAGGGGAUACCGUUGUUUAUGGUGCUGGCGGGAGUGACGCUGGUGGUGUUUCUGAUGUUGUUGGAUGUGGCGAUUCUGUCUACGGUUGGUGCUUGCGUUCAAGAUUGUUUGGGAGUUUGAUACUGACCGAUGGGGUGUGCAGGCUGUUCCGGAAAUCACGAGUCAUUUUCACUCGCUGGAUGAUGUCGCUUGGUAUGGAAGCGCGUAUACGAUAUCGAGGUAUGGCAUUUCUGGAAUGGUGAUCGGGGAUAGUAUACUGAUGAGGACAGUGCGGCUCUUACGCCUCUGACGGGGAAGUUUUAUUCGCACUUUAGCUCGAAGGUGAGUUUCUCUGUACAAUGUAGGAUGAUGGGAGUGGUGCUAA